CUCCAACCUUCAUCCUCGGCCUUUCCGCAAAGACCUUCUGGAUGGUGGCCAUCAUCACUUCCACUGUCAUCCUCAUCGCCAUCGGACUCGGUGUCGGUAUUCCGCUUGCCCUGCAACACGCGGCACGGCAGAGACAAGGCAAUAGUACUUCUUCUGGUGGCACAAACAACGGGCAGAACAA